GUGGCCUCCAACAGCAGCAGGUGCAUCACCUCGCCUUCGCAUGUGCUCCACACAGCACAUUUUCGCGCUCCUUCCGUGUGUAUAAACGUUUAAUUUUGACGCUUUUUUCCCCCCCUAAUAUUUUUUUUUAUCACAGUACUUUACUCUUUCUAAAUGUAAAUUACACUAUCUCACUAGAAAUUGCGAUAAAACUAUUUCCGGUUUGUUUUUUCCCCCUAGUUUACAUUACAAACAAUCGCUGUAAAAAAUUGACACGCUUUCUGACAAAGUGCCAACUUCAAGCAAAUGUUUGUUUAUUUUUUUUUAAAUAUGGAAGUUUUUCACCGGCUAGUGUAAAAGAGAGUUUAUUUGUGGACCUAGGAUGGACCAAUCGGUUCUUGGUUGGAUUCUGGGCUGCUUGUUGCGUUUGCUCCUCUCUGUGGUGUGUGCUCAGGGCGUCUUCAUCGAGCCCCCUAAAUCCGUCACCUGGCAGCGCUCCAUGGCCGAGAGUACCACCAGGCUGCCGUGUCACUACCAGCCUUUGGUGGGCGAGAAGGUGGUGCAGGUCACAUGGUACAAGGAGCUGCCAGGCGGUACCAAGGAUCAGAUCACCACCGCCCACUUCACGGACGGACACACAGAGUUUGGACGCUACUCGGGUCGUGUGAGGUUUGAGAGCAGCAGCCCCACAAUGAACUCGGCGCUGCUCAUCCCCAACACGGAGGAAUCGGACGACGGCAUCUACAUUUGCCAAGUCUCCACUUUCCCCAACGGCAACUUUGAGCGACGCAUCACGCUCACCGUCUGGAUUCUACCCAUUGCCUCCCUGGAGCCGGUGGUCCUGACGGAGGGUCAGCCGUUCAGCGUGGCCGCCUCUUGUCGUGCCGUGGGCCGCCCGCAGCCCACCCUCUCUUGGGACACUGACCUGCCAGGCCUAUCCCAGAACCGCACCAACGAGGGCGGCUCCGUGUCCAGCUACUACUCCCUCCACCCGCUCCGCAGCAUGAACGGGAAGCGGCUCGACUGCCUGGUGCAGCAUCCCUCCCUGGAACGCCCGCGUAGGAUCUCCAACCAGGUCGUGGUCCACUAUCCCCCAGAUGCCGUCAUCUCUGCCUCGACAGACGAUUGGUUUGCCGGGUUGGAGCAAGCGACGCUCGACUGCGAUGUUGGCGGCGGCUUCCCAGCGCCCCAAAAUAUCACCUGGAUGCGGAGGGGCGACACUUUGCCAGACGGUGUCUCGGUGGUCGGAGGCAGUCUGACGUUUGAACGAGGCCUCCGCCUGAACGACAGCGGCCUGUAUGAGUGUGUGAUGACUAACGCAGUUGGCGCGGCAAAGGCUGAGUACUUAAUGACGGUGACAGAGAAAUCCCAUCGCAAGGAAACGUCCUUGUCCGACAACCUGCUACUCAUCAUCAUUGGCGCCUCAGCCACCACCGUCGUUGUGGUCCUGGUCGUCACUGUGCUGCUGGUCCUCCGCCGCCAUCGGCACCGCAACAAGAAGUUGAAGAUGGAGCUCAGCGAAAAAAAGGAGGAAAUCAGCAAUCUGUCCAGACAAGCUUCCUUCAGGAGACUUCCCUCUGCCAGCUCCGACCCACGGGUUGAGGAUUACUCUCUGCUCGGGUCAGACAGCCGCAUAAAAAACAGCCAAAUAUCUCUGGAGCGACCCAACUAUAAUGGCAGCAUGUCCACUCUGGGUGGGCGUUGGGUGCCUGUGGUGGGGCUGGAGGCGGACGUGACGGGGCGUCCCGUCGUCUGGCUCGAAGGCGGAACUGACAGCAAAAAGGAGGCGCAGAGAAGGAGGGCGGGGUCGUAUCUGAAGAGCAGCAACAUGUCGCUGGUACUGGAUUCCGGUCUUCCGUUGUCCCAGCUUCCCCUGAAAGACCAACCGGACGACAUCGUCGGACCAAGAGAGGUCGCCGUCCCCUCGCAGGUGGAAGACUGGAAUUCCUCCCAGCUGACGCCGCCGGGGGAGCUGGAAGACGAAGAGGACGGCGGCGCCUACCGUCUGUCCGAGGCGCUCACCAAUCACUUCUACUACAGCAACGGCGUCCUCAGGCCCAAGCCGCACGCCAACGGCAUCUUGCUACACCCUCAUGGUCAGGUGAUCUAGACAAGGUUUCGCCCAAUAACAUUUGAGCUCCAAGGCUUGCUGGACUAGCCAGAAUGAGCCUUGUGGAUAACUGUGGUCCUGAAUCUGUGCUUUUUUUUUUGGUACGAAAUGAACUGAGAGUCAGUAAGGGACCGUCAUCAAUGUGCAAGCUUCAGACCCAAAACCUAAGCGGUGCACUCUGGAGGGCACACUUCUAAGUGACACCACCCUUAGAGUCCUGACUUUGUUUCUCAUAAUAAUGGCCGCUUGGUUUUAAAUAAACCACAGUGAGGUGAAAGUUCUUGAGGUGGACCAGUGCCUUCAUUCCAGAUUCUCUCAUAUUGUCCACAUAACAUACACACUUAACAAGAACCUUGAACUGCUAAAAAAAAACAAAAAAAAAACUUUCUAUUCCUCAUUCUAUGGUUAUCAUCACACUUUUCCUCCCGGCCAUCCAGUGGUUAUUUUCUGUAGUGGCAUCACAAAAAAGCUAAAAAAAAAAUGCUUAACACUCCUAUGGAGUGAAUCUAUAAAAAUCAUCUGACAGCGUUUAUACAGAAAGUUUGAAUUUAGAGGCAGAUUUUAUUUAAAAUUUUAGGUUGAGCUCCCAAGUUUCACCACUUUUUGGGCGGUUUGGAGGUUCAACUGUAUAAAUGUAGUAAUGAUAAUCAGUGUUUCCCACUAGACUACAGUCUGCAUUUGUUUAAUCGGCCGUGACGCAUGUGCAUAUUAUUUUUAUGGGAAAUAAAAGAACAAAAUAAGUUAUAAAUUCAGAUGAACUUGCUUCCAUCACAUUUUUUUUAUGCACUCUGAAGGCUUUUAGAUGAGCAGUUUGUGCUUUUGUGUUAGUUGCAAAGUGUCCAAUAAGAUAAAAAAAAUGUCACUAUUUUUUUAUUAUUUAGGAAAAACUAACCACGAGGCAUGUGAAUACUGGUUAAUAUAGAAACCAACGCUGAUCCCUCCUGCUACGUCCUUCAAUUCUCUGGCGGAUCUGCUGGGUUUAUGAUGCCAUCUACUGCAGCUACACUCACAGGCAGUCCCCUUAUAGUGUGUUUAUGAGCAACGGCGGACAAAUUUGUAUAUGGCACACUGCCACAAAAGACUGUAUGGGAAACACUGAUACUAGAAGAAAAAAAAUACAUACAUGCACAAAAGUAUUACUGUGAAAAUUAUGGGUUUGUUAUUUUUACAUUAGAUACGCCAUCUAAUGAUAUCCAAUUCCAUGCUUCUGCGUUUAGUUUACAGAUUCAACUAUGCCCGUUUACACAAAAUGUUCUUUUGAACUCUGAAGUCAAGCUAGGUUGGUAUUAUGUGGAGGACACUUUUCUACCUUCUGUUUUAUUUACAAUGCUUUUAUACUGGUAAUGAUUUUGUGACGCCUGCUGUAACCAAGGGUUUGUCUAUUUAUUCUUCAAAGCAAGGCAUGAACAAAGUUGUUGUUAUGAAGGACAAGGAGGCUUGGAUUACAUGUCUGUAUGGAGCUUUAAGGAAAUGGGUGAAUAUUUCAGUCAUUUGUUGUCAUGGUUACACAGUGGAGAUUGUUAGCAAUGUAACAGAGGCAGAAGGCCAGAGAAUAAAGUUGAGAUUUGAACCCAAAAA